UGUUGGGAAAUGGAAAACUUGCUUCCUACAUGUCAUGUUUUGUCUUCCUGUGUAUAAUGAUGAACAUGGAUUGUUCAAAGUAUGCUCAAUGUAUGCGUAAAAGAAUCUACUGAUACGGUGGUUUUCCUUGUUUUAUGUUCAUUGUCCUGUUUUUGUGGUGAGAGUGACUGAAUCGUAUAAAAUGGCCUCUGGUUACUUGUGUUUUUGUUUGGAAAUUGAAAAAAAAGAAUAAUGCUCAAGACUGCAUCUUCUUUUCAUCUUCUGGCGCUAUUUGUCCGGCAAGAUAGUUUGUUCAAAGUUUGUACACAAAAUUUGAGCUGGGUAUUCUUCUGCUAGACAAUGGAUUUGCAAGCUCUCCUGUGCGAGAUCAACAGAUUGGAAGUCCGAGACUUCUUCCGAGUUUGCAAAAUUGGAAUGGACAAGCAGUAAGCCCCCAGAUGAAGGCGUUGAGCGAACUGGAGUUUAGAAAAACAUUUCUCAUUCUAAACUACAUUGGGGAAGGAAAUCUUGAAGAUGCCAUAGACAGUGAUAGGAUUCGACAGCUGAAAGAUCUCAGAAUGUUUGAAUUUGAGGCAGCAGUCUGGAAUGCCAUUGGACAGUCUCAUGUCGAGAAAGAUGACCGUUGUCUGCAUGUUGACUGGGAUUCUGGAAGGACACACUUCUACCGUUGUCACGUUUCACCUCAGGGGUGUUAUCAUUUUAAAGGACCUUACCUUAAUAAGACGAGAACACUUCUACAAAAGGCAUUAGGAGAUGAGAAUGUUCUCCUUGUCAAGUUGGCAGAAGAGAUGUCGGAUGAUACUCUUACUAUGUAUAGAAAGAUUGCAAAGGAAGGGAUUCCUGUUGGUUUGCGUCAAUACAAGUUCUUCGAAGAUGUGAAUUUGUGA